CCUGCUCCACCAACUCAAACGGCUCUUCUCAUCCCCACCCUCUCUUCAGGCUGGGCGCAUUGCUUCUCCCUCUCUCGCAACCAUGCGCGCCCCACCAUCACAUCGUCAGACGAGGUCCUCAUCCGCAAUGUAUGCGUCGGCCUCAAUCACGUGGACUUCAAGUCUCUGCUCUACCGAUUCGGCAUCGGCAGGCUGCCCUGGGUGCUGGGCAGGGAUGUCUGCGGAGUCGUAGAGGAGUUGGGUGGGGAGGUGGCAAGGGAUACAGGGCUCAAGGUGGGGGAUAGGGUGUGGACGUGCACAGAUUCGGCGAGGGACUGGAGGGCAGGGGCAUAUCAGGAGUACAGUGUCUGCAAGGCCUUCACUGUGGGGAGAUUGCCCGAUGCUCAAGGAGACAUCGCAGCUACGGUGAGCGACGAGCAGGCGGCCACGAUAGGCACAGGAUUGGUGACUGCAGGCGUGGCCUUGCACUGGUUCUUCGACCUGCCUCGAGCAGCAGAGCUCGGCGGCGGGCUCUACCCUCGAAGCGAGGUAAGAGUACCGUCUCCACCGCCUCGCCGCUCCUCUCGUCUGCGUAGCAGCAGCAAGCAACCCUGGCUGCUCAUCUACGGGGGCGCAACCGUGACGGGCAUCUAUGCUGCCCAGCUUGCCCGUCUCUCCGGUCUUAAGGUAGUCAGUGUAGCCUCACCUGCCAGCUUUGAGUAUUUGCGCGGAGUCGUGAGGGUGGAUGCGUGCGUGGACCGGUUCGGAUCCACGGAGCAGGUGCUGGAGGAUAUCUGGACGGCGACGUGCGGAGGUGUUGGGGAGAUGAAUGAGGAAGAAGAGGGUGAUCUCAAAUACGGCCUAGACUGCGUGGGCAGCGCGACGGCUUCACUUUGUGCUCGCGCACUGGCUGAGGGCGAGGCGUGGAGGCGUAAUCGUCACGGUACACACGAUGAGCUUCGACGGGAGCCUGCACAACUCAUCUGCCUGGCAGGCAACCCCAAGCGACCGCGCGAAGAGGAGGAUGACUCGGCCACGAAGUAUGGCCACCGAGAUGUCAUCACACCCCGCAUCUCCUUCAGCACCACCUUCUACCAGGAUCGCCUGUGGACCGCCUCCUUCCUAUCCUCCAUCUACGAGCUCCUCGCCUCAGGCUCCCUACGACCCGUGGAGGCAGAAGUGGUGCCAGAUGGCUUGGCUGGGGUGAGGAGGGGAUUAGAGAUGCUCAAGGAUGGGAGGGCGGGUCCCGCUUCUUCUGCCGGUGGCGGCAGCGGUGGUGGAGGUGGAAGGAAGCUCGUGGUGCGUGUGGCGGAUACGCCACCCGUUGAGGUGACGCACCUGGGGCAGAGGCAUGAGUUGGGAUGGAACGGAUGCGUGUAA